UUUAAUCCUAUUAAAAUAAAUCUCCCUAAAUUUCGGUUAAGUAAAAACAUGGGGCAAGUCCAUAACAAGUACACAAACGACAACCUCUUCAUUGUGUUUCAAGUUUCAAACACAAAACUACGUAGUAUUUUGUACUUACAAUGGCUUAUUCUCAUCGUAUGCUCUCAUUGCAGAUUUGCAGACGGAGAAAAGAGAAGCUCAGGCAGAGAAGAACCAAUCAGUGUACUGCACUUUCUUGCACAUGAAGAAGCUAAGCAUUUCACGCAGGUCCAUAGUUUGGGCGAAAAUUCUUUUAAACUGAAUUCAUUUAUUUAUGUGUUAUGGCAAUUAUGUGAAAGGGAGCAUUAUAGAGACGGGCCUGUACAAUGAAGCAGCUUUGAAUUAGCAAAACCCAAAAGUCAGUGAAACCAGAUAUUUGAUUUCAUACUCUCCCUUUAACUUCUGAGAUGCGUCUGUUGAAACCAGAUAUUAUAGACUUCCAGCCCAUUUUCCGCCAUAUUGCUACCCAUUCAAUUAAUUUAAACCACGCCAUCAACCGAUUCAUCCGCAGCGGCAACCUGGAUGGAGCUAGAGACCUUUUCGAUCGAAAUCCCAUCUCCCGAAAUGUGGUCUCCUGGAAUUCAAUGAUCAUGGCAUACUUCAGGCAGGAUCAGGCCCAACAAGCAGAGGAGCUGUUUGAUCAAAUGCCCUAUAGGGACCUCAUUGCCUGGAACACAAUGCUUUCUGGGUUUCGUCACACCAAUCAACCGCAACAAGUCUACAGCUUCUUCCGUCAGAUGAAUAGAGUUGGGGAGAGGCCAAACGAGCUCACCUUCGCUGUUGCAAUCAGUGCCUUCUUAGAAACCAAAUUCAACAUUCUCAUCCCUCAGCUCCACUCUCUGGUCAUCUGCUCAGGCGUAAAGCUCAAUGUUUUCGUCGGGUCUGCCUUGAUGAGGGGUUAUACUGACUUGGGUAGUUGCGAGGGGUUGGAUCGGGUGUUUGAUGAUAUUUUAUUGGGCUGGAAAGACGUUAUUCCUUGGAACGUGUUGAUUCUGGGUUAUAUGGAGUUUGGGCUCACUAGUAAGGCUCAAGAAGCUUUUGAUAUGAUGACUCCUGAGAAGAACUUCGUCACCUGGAGUACUUUGAUCAAUGGGUAUCUAAAAAAUAGGGAUCUUGAUAAAGCACGUCUUAUGUUCGAUAAAAUGACCGAAAAGGAUGUGGUCUCGUGGAGUGCAAUGCUGAAAGGGUAUGUGCAAAACGGACACUUAAUCAAAGCUCUGGACUUGUUUCUGUUGAUGUUGACUUCCUCAACUCGUCCUAACCAUUUCACUUUAUCCACCAUUUUAGAUGCAUGUGCAGGAUACUCUUCCCUUGCCAUAGGCAUUCAGGUGCACACGUUGGUUUUAAAGAUGGGUAUCUGUCGUAAUGUCAUAAUCUCAACCUCACUUGUUGACAUGUAUGCAAAAUGUGGCGACAUUCAAUCUGCUUUCCUCAUUUUCAACUCCAUGCGCAGAAAGACCUUGGCUUCAUGGAAUUCUAUCAUUGGAGGAUGCGCCAAACACGGCCUUGGAUGUAAGGCAGUGGAGGAAUUUGAGAAUAUGCUGAAGAGUGGGAUUAAGCCAGACGAGAUAACCUUCAUCAAUGCACUUUCAGCUUGUGUUCAUGGAGGAAUGGUCGAGGAAGGUGAACGGAUUUUCAGAUGCAUGGGGAGAGAGCAUGGGGUGGAACCGGAGAUGAAACACUAUGCGUGUAUGGUGGAUUUGUACGGGAGGGCAGGGGAGCUGGAUAAAGCAGAGGGUUUAAUAAAAGAGGGGAUGCUGCUCUUCGAGGCUGACGUGGUUGUUUGGGGGGCCUUUCUUCAGGGAUGUGGGCUGCAUUCUUACCCCGAGGGUGAAGGGAUUGCAGCAAAGCAAAUGAUCAAAUUGGAAAGGGAUCAUCCAGCAGCUCACUCGGCUUUGUCUAAAACCUUAGGUAAAAAUGGAGCAACCGACAUCUCUACAGCCGAGCGAAAGUGGCGUGCUAGAAAGCAGAAAGCUGGUAGUUGGGUUGAGUUGUAGUUUGUAUUGUUAGAGAAUAUAUUGUGCAUAUAUAUUCUUUGGACUAUACUAUUGGGUUGUUGAGCCAUGUAUGGCGGCUGUGUUCAGCAUAGGGAUGAAAGCUGAAAAGGAGAAAUGGGAGACAUGAGGGGAGCUAGGGUCUAACAAACCAUGGGCCUUGGGCAUGGGGGUGCCCCCAGCCCCCCGCCACCACUCCGCCUGUGGAUAUAGAGGAACUUCUGGGCCUUGAGGUAAAAUAAAGAAGAAAAAGGAGACAAUUGAGAGUUGAGACUUGCGCAAGGCAUUACCCCAAAAGUACGUCUGUAAUGGCAAAGUAUAAGGUCCAACAAACAACAAAUACUCCCUAAAUAUAAGCAAGUUUCUCUCAAAGUGUGUACUCACUUUGUAAGAAUGGAACUCAAAGUUUUAUUACACCAAAAAAUGGUGAAGAAAUUAAAGAUGUAACUCUCAAGAAUUUGAUGGGUUAAAUAGAUAAGCUC